CGGCUUUAUUGCAGGCGCACGGGGUGGCCGUCUCCCAUCAGCCGAGGAUCUGCGAGCUGGGGGCUGACAGAAGGUAUAUCGCCAGCGAUAUAACGGCACAGACGGACGCACUCUAAACACUGUCAAUCAUGGCUGUGAACGUGUAUUCCACCUCUGUGACCAACGAGAACCUGAGCCGACAUGACAUGCUGGCCUGGGUCAAUGACUCUCUGCAGCUCAUGUACACCAAGAUAGAGCAGCUCUGUUCAGGGGCAGCCUACUGCCAGUUCAUGGACAUGCUCUUCCCUGGUUGCAUCCUGCUGAAGAAGGUGAAGUUCCAAGCGAAGCUGGAGCAUGAGUACAUCCACAACUUCAAAGUGCUCCAGGCUGCCUUCAAAAGGAUGAACGUCGACAAAAUUAUUCCCGUGGAGAGGCUUGUGAAGGGUAAAUUCCAAGACAACUUUGAGUUCGUCCAGUGGUUUAAAAAAUUCUUCGAAGCCAACUACGACGGCAAGGAGUACGACCCACUGCAGGCAAGGCAGGGCCAAGAUGUGGCCCCUCCGCCUAAUCCAGGUGAACACUUUUCCCACAAACCCAAGAAAAGUUGUGGCCCCCCAGGACCACAGAGAACGUCACCAACAGUCCCCAAGAACAUGCCCACGCCACAGAGAGUCAUGAACACCACCAUCAGGAAGAACCCGGCCCUCUCACGGAACGGAGGCAGCGAUGCCGAGAUCAUGGAGCUCAAUCAGCAGUUAAUGGAACUGAAACUGACUGUGGACGGACUUGAAAAGGAAAGAGAUUUCUACUUCAGUAAACUGAGGGACAUUGAGCUAAUCUGCCAAGAAAAUGAGGGUGAAUCCAGCCCCAUCCUCUCCCGAAUAAUAGACAUACUCUAUGCUACAGAGGAUGGCUUCGCACCUCCAGAAGAUGAUGAACUUGACGAACAUGCCCACCUGGACCAGGAUGAAUACUGAUCCUGUCCCUCCAUCACCUCUCAUCCUGUCGGUCCCCCUCUUUUACUCCACUUUGAAAUCCUCCCCUCCCUCCUCUCCUCUGCACGCACCUAUGAUCUUCUGUGUUCCCCUUGUAUCAGUCAUACUGUCUGUCUGUCUGCUUGUCUGUCUGUCUGUCUGUCUGUCUGUCUGUCUGUUUGUCUGUCUGCCACCCCACCUCGCCACAUGGACUAACAUCAGACCCCUACAGGCAUGCAGACCGUAGCAAACAGCAGUUUAACAUAUCUUAGAAACGCCUCAGCAUGAUCCACCGCAAUGUCGUACAAACAAACAGAAAAAAAUCCAGGCCAUGUUGUGGGGUCGGGUGGGGGUCGGGUGGGGGUCGGGUGGGGGUCGGGGUGGGUGAGUAGCACAAAGGGCAACCCUUUUGUAAAUAGUCAGAGAGGGAGUGAUCGAAAAGAUUGGCGAUCCGGAAGGCCUCCUUUUUUCUGUUGCUUUUUUUUUUGUCUAUUGGCUCCACACUGGACUCCACGCAGACCGAACAAAAACGGCUCUUCCAGCAUGAAUUCAUCCUCAUUCCAUGCUCUCGUGUACCUCAGUCCAGAACAAAAAACUCUCACUGACUCCCACACCCACGCAGGCAAGAAGAAUCUCCUGGAUGUUGGCUUUCCGUUUCCCGUUAGGUAGAUUUUUCAUAAAAUUUAAUUGAUUAAAAAAAAAAGUUUGAUAUUGAAAAGGGAUGUUGUAAGCAAAACAAAUUAAAGAAUAACAAUCGCAACAGACAAUAACAAUCGGAAAUGAAAGAAAAAUUUCGAUAGGGUCUCUUACUGACUAUCUUUUUGCAAACACAUCUGUAUCUACUAUGGCUAAGCAUGUGAAUGUGAUUCAUUGACAGUGAAUGAGUGACGCAUUUGUAAAAAUAAUUUUGUUUUCAAUCAAAGGGUCUCAUUUAUUUCCACUGCCUUUGCAACUGGUGUGGAGUUCAGGAGUUGAUGUGCAAACCUGAAAUCGUUACUGUGUUUAUUCAGCAUGGUGGUGCAAAAGUUUUCAUUGUUACUGUGAAUUUAUGUUUUCUUUUGGUAAGAUAAAUGUGUAGAUUAAAUUGGUACGAUUCCAUGUUAUCAUGUUUUGCUGCUAAUUUUGCUCAAUUUCUGUUUUACUUGUUUUUAUAUUUAUUAAAUUGCACACAAGCGAGGCUUUUUUCUAAUUCCAUGGGGCGUUUAAUAACAUAGUCAGGAUGUAUAAUAGUGCAGCACUGACCAUAUUGGGAGAAAGGUGUGUCCAGCACAUUGUCAGUUUCUUUUUUGAAGCCGAGAGCUUGGAUGUAAAGGUGGGCUACUGGUAUAUUGUCAAAAUACACAACAAUCCGUUUAUCAGAAACACCUGUUGCUGGUUAAAACAUACAACAUACUACAUACAAUGAUAGAGCUGUAUAACCAAAUCUCAAAGACUCUUCUGACAAAUCUCUUCAGUGCCACUGACUGACAUCCACCCAGUAUUCUCCAGCAGGUGGUGACAUUGUAAGGAGAAUAUUUUGUGGGUGUCUUCUACUGCAUCAAAGUUUGUUAUGGAUCUCAUGGGGUCUGUAUCCCGGCCAUUUCCCUGCCAUUACCUCAAGUCCCUUGUUUACGAUUCAAAAACUUCUUACAAACAUUCUGUCCCACGUGCCGGCACGUUAGAAAAGACAAGUCCAGUAGGUAUUUAAGAGGUUUGCUUCUAUCCUAACUGGCACACCUCUGCUAGACCUAGCAUCAGAUCUGCUCUAAAUGCACAGGGUAUUGUUUGGGCACCAAAUAUACAGAGUGAGAUCCAAACAGAGCUAAAUGGUGCUAAAGCUGAGGCUUUCUGUGGAAGGCGUUUUGAAUAAAAACAUAGCCACAGCAUUUAAUUCUUUUAACCUGCCUAAUUUGCUUGUGCAGUGGAGCCACAUUUUCAUCGGUCGUAGCCAUGGCGAUCAUCUCUUGUUUCAACAAAAAGAAACAACAAAAUUGGAUCACUGCAGUUGAGCACAGCACCACUGACACAUGCAGUGCUGCAGCACUGACUGUAUAAAGCUCACUCUCAUUCUGAUUCUUGACUGGUAGCAUUGGGAAGCGCUCUCCCUCAUUUCAAUCAGUAGCCAAUAGAAUAGGGGAACUCAUUCUCAUUCAGAUCUGCAACCAAUAGUAUCGGGAAACUCAUUACCAUUCUCACAGUAACUUGAGAAAUAACAGAUGGCCACAUCAGUGUUUGCAUAACUUGCAUCUGUUUGAGUUUUAUUGAGUAAAUAAACUGUUGUGAAAAUGUCAAAA